AUGAAGGACGCACCCCAAAUACACUCGCGUCUCACCCUCUGUGAGAACCGUCUCUCCCCCUGGCCACGCUGGUCAACCCUGAACACCCGCUGGCUGGGCAAGGACCGGGCAUCUUGGCGGGGACUGAUUGCGCCCCCACAGAAGGACAUGCCACUCGCAGCCCCUGGGCCCCGGAGGACGGGAUUAGUUUCCGUGCCCAGACUCGAUGGGGCUGGGCUGGACCCAACAUGGCUGAAGUGCUUUGAAGCAAAGGAAGCUGGACAAGAAAGAGACGCCCCGGGAGGCAGCGAGGAGCCGGGAGCCAACGGAGCACAGAAGGGAAAGGAGAAGUUGUCGCCGUGCGUGUCGCCAUGGAUGGAAGAGCCAAGGCCCAGGGUGGCCGGCAGUCAGGCCCCUGCUGCCCCUUCAUGGAGAAGACACGAGGCCUGGAUCUCGGACUUCCAGCCUCAAAGCCUCUCGUUUCCGCCGCCAACCCUGGAGCCGCCAUCCGACCUCGGCUCUGCACUGCGGCUGCACCCCAGCGCCGACUCUCCUCCUGAGUUCACCAUCAUUAAAUCCGAUCCGGGACCCACCGUUGGGCGCCUUCGCUGGCUCGUGCAGACCAUUAGACAGCGCUCCCCUUCCCCUCGGCCGACAGACACCGUCGGGCUGGCCUAUCUAGCGUUUCGUGUUGUUGCAGGGGAGGGCCCGGGGCUCACACGGGUGCGGGCAGGGGUCGUGCCCACUCACAAGGGCACGCGGGCUGGAGGCCGAGUUGAAGGGCGAGGGGGGGAUGGUUUCAGCCCAGGGGAUUGGGGGGCCCGUGGGACAUCAGGGGCAGACGCCCAGACCCUGAUGAAACCGCGGAUCCGGAGCUGGGGCACAGUCCCCGACGCUGCUGAGAGCGCGUGCGGCAGGCACCAAGCGGCACCCAUCGGUGACCUCGGCCAGGGCAAGGCCACAGUGGGGGGCGGGGUCAGAGGGGAAGAGCCCCUGGGGGGCCAGGCUCCGGGGAGCACGUCAUCCUCUCCUGACGCUUCCCCGAGCCCGCCCGGCCCCCCCCCAGCAGGAGGCCCCCCCCCAGCGUCUGCCCUCAGGGCCCUGUCCGGUGGGGCCAAUGCGCCCACAGCCUGGGAGCACCCAGGGAGCCCCAGGAGUGCCCUGGACCCUGCGGAGACCUUAGGGUGCCUCCUGCGGCACCUCCACGGAACCACCUGGGAGGCAGGUGCUGGCCUCACCUGCCUCGUUCGGCGGAGACAGGGGCCCCGAGAGGCUGAGCGGCCACCCAGCGUCCCCGCCCCAGCCCCGCCUCGCCUAGGACCAUCCCAGAGGGGUGGUCGGCUGGGCCUCCCUGGGGUGACGGCACCAAGCCGGGCAGGGGUCUCACCUCCCCCCUUGGGGAAGGGCACUGGCACCAGCACCGCACUGCUGCCUGGCGAGCUGCUGGGGGGCCCGGGGGGCAGCCUGGGGUUCCGGGGCGCCCAUCAGACCAGAGUUCGUAGGCCCAUGGGACCCCAAGAGGCGAAGCCCCAGCUGGAGCCUGCAGCCCCUGGGGCGUCCUCGGCCCUGGGGAGCCACCCCAGCCUCCCUCCAAGCACAAAGCGGAGCCUAGAAGGUCCCCUCCUUGGGAAAUCCCACCUCCAGCCACCCAUGGAUCCCAGCUCCCAGAAGCCCUGGAAAACUCCAGAAGGCUUCAGAAACCCGAGCCGAGGAGGACGGUGGUGGCAAAGAUGCAAGCCCAUGGCUGCUGAGCAGGGCCCACCGGAGCCCCCGCUUGGGCCAGUCUCGGCAGACGGCCACGCGGGCAGCCAACGGGACGUCUCGGGCCAGGGCAUGGCAGGAGCCAAAGGAGGGCGAGGCAGGGAGUCAGGGGCCAAGGCUCAGGCCCUGGCUGGGACGGCCACUGACGACACAGGCCCCGAGUGUGAGCGCCGGAAGCUCCUCCCACCGAAUCCCUUUGGGGGGCUCUGGAGCUCGGAGCGCGCCACUCCGUUUGAUUCAUGCCCACUUCUGGGGAACCGCCAGGAACACAAGCUGGGCCUUUGCCCCUCGGGGGGAGGCAGCAGCUCUCCCCGCUGCCCGGGCCCUGCGUCACGCUGGCACCUGGGAAGGAAGCAGGACCUGCUCCAGCCACGCCAAGCCCCAGUGCCCCGAGCACCGCUAGAAGGACUACGUCCACAACCUGACUCUGCCCAGCCUGUCCCUGCUCGGCUUGGCCCAGCCCGGGGCCGGGCGCCUGGGCUCAGGACGUCCCCUCUGGGGGCCCCCGGGCAGCACUUCACCCCUCCCGGCUCGGGGGACGCGGGCAGCAACGGCGCAUCGCGGGCGGGGGCAGCUCAGGCCGUACAUCACGCCCAGCCCAGCCCAGGGCCUCGUAAAGAUGCCAGCGAGCCCCGCGCCAGCCCGGCCAGGCCCACAAAUCACCGCGCGGUUCCGAGCAUCCCUCCUCUGCCAGGCGGCUCCGCUUCCCCAGACGGCUGCGGGGCGGCGAGAAAUACGGCCCGUCGUCUCCGCAGCCGGAGGACAGAGCAGAGAUUUAUUCUGAGCCUCGGAGUCCCGUGUCAGAUGGCUGGGGACUCGGGCACAGCCAGGCAGCCCCCCUUUCUACAGGAGGGGAAACUGAGGCACCGGGAGGGACGGCCUGCCCGGAACCCCCAGAGCGGCCUCUGCCUGCCCGGCGAUGCAGGGCCCACUGGGGGUCCCCGGGUCUCCACAGCCCCCAGCCCGGGCCUUCUCUCUCUGCGGGAUGUGGAUUUCCCUCUGCAGAGUGGACCCCAGGCCUGGGCUUUCACACAUGGCCGAGCCUCAGGGCCAGGCCGGGCGGCCCAGGCCAUGCCAGGCCACGUCAGCAAUUACACUGGCAUCAGGGACGCAGCGGCCACGGCCCACCCUGCCCGCCUUCAGCCCCGCCCAGGCCACUGGGUUCACCUGUGGGCCCGGCCUGGGCUGAGGGUGGACGGGCGGUCCCCAGGGACCCUGUCGCUGCCCACCCCCCAGGGCGAGGCCCAGAGCUCAGAGGCCCAGGGGAGGGGCUCACAGGCUCAGGCCCACACCGGACGCGGGUGCACGGGUCACUUCAGGCAUCGCGAGCUGGGCCCCGCCAACCUGGGCCCGGCCUCGGGGGACCCUGGACGCUUCUUGCCGCCCCGGGAACCCUCCCGGCCCCCCGCCUUCUGUGUGGACACGGGCCUGGGUCCCGCCUCAGUGAACGGCACCCAGAGAAAAGGCCCCAUGAGCUCCCUAGUCACAGAUUUCAGGGCCGAGCCCGAGCCCAGGGCCCCAGACACCCUGUCCCACCCCAAGCCCCACCACACCACAGCUGCAGGGGGCGGUGCCCCGGCCCCUCCUCCGGGCUGGGGGUCUCCGUGCACCUGCCCAGCCGGGGUCUGCGGCCCCCAGAGGAGGAAAGGGCAGGACUCCCGACCGGGGGGGCCGGGGGCCUCUGGCUCCUUCUCCCCUUGUGCCGAUCCCAGUUCUUGGAGAAGGGACCCCACCCCCAUCCCCACCGCAAACAAGGAGAGUGGUCUCUGGGCCCCACGGGGGCUACAGCUGGGUAUGAGGUGCCAGACCCUGACCCCAGCCCUGCCCCUCACCCCAGACCCCCACAGGCCCUCUCAGGCUGCCCUGUCCCCCGCCCCGGCCACCCAGCCCAGCCGACCCCAGGUGGCCUCCCGGGCCGGGGCUGUGGUACGCAGGGCUGCAGAGCAGGCCCAGGCUCAUCCAGUGACUCAGGCGGGCACCUCGCCAGGGGGACGGGGUGGGCUGGCAGGGGGCCGGGCACGCCCCAGAGGCCGCGAGAGAUGCUGCCUGGGCAGACAGCCACCCACGUCCCCACAGCACGAGGCCUGGGGGGCUCCAGCCCACCGCCCUGCCGUCCACACCAGGCGGAAGGCCCCCGAGGCCCCCGUGCCCCACGUGCCCAAUGCGGGGGCAGCAGCAAACCAGCCCCCACCCCUGCACCGAGGAGCCCAGGGACCACACGUGGAGCAGCACAUGGGGGUCCGGGGCCACCAAGGAAGACCCUUCCCUGGCUCCCGGGGCACAGCGGCUGGGGGGCCCGAGUGA